GAAGAGUCCAUUCCAUCGGCCCCGCUGACUUCCCUCCCCCUUUCCAUCCAGAUCUCUCCUUCCUCUCUCUAAAAAUUUCUGUGAGCGGGAGAGAGAUAGAGAGAGAAACCUCCCCAUCUGCCUCACUUCUCUCUUUUCCGAUCUCAGACACUCACUUGCGAAAUUCGAGCCAUUCAUCUUCGAUCUCUCAAGCCGUCGCUAAUCCAAUGGCACGGUCACGAUUCGCCACCAUCAUCCCCACAAUCCUGAUCUUAUUCGUCAUCGUAUUGAAUUCAUUUGGUGUCGUUUUGUUGUCAUCUGCUCCAGUUGUUUCGGACGAUCCGGAUUCCGUCGUUAUCCGUCCACCGCACGGCGAAGGUAACCGCCACACGAUGUUCCUACCUCUAUUUCUCUCUCCUCCCAACUCCUCCCGUGUUGAACGAAAUUCCCGUCGACACCUCCAGAAAUUCGACUCUCGCAGCCCUAAUGCUCGCAUGGAACUUCACGACGAUCUCCUCCUCAACGGGUACUACACUACUCGGCUUUGGAUCGGAACUCCCCCGCAGAAAUUCGCUCUCAUCGUUGAUACUGGGAGUACUGUAACGUAUGUUCCAUGCUCUACGUGUGAACAGUGUGGCAGGCAUCAGGAUCCAAAGUUCCAGCCAGAGUUGUCUAGCACUUACCAGCCUGUGAAAUGCAAUAUCAAUUGCGCUUGUGAUAAUGAUAGGGAACAAUGUGUUUAUGAAAGACAAUAUGCUGAAAUGAGUUCUAGCAGCGGGGUUCUUGGUGAGGAUAUUAUAUCCUUUGGCAAUCAAAGUGAACUUACACCCCAACGUGCUGUUUUUGGUUGUGAAAACGUUGAAACAGGUGACCUUUACAGUCAGCAUGCUGAUGGCAUAAUGGGUUUAGGCCGUGGAGAUCUGAGUGUUGUGGAUCAACUUGUUGACAGAGGUGUAAUUAGUGAUUCUUUUUCCUUGUGUUAUGGUGGAAUGGAUGUUGGUGGUGGCACAAUGGUUCUUGGUGGAAUUUCACCGCCUGCCGAGAUGGUCUUUACUCGUUCAAACCCUGUCCGCAGUCCAUAUUACAACAUUGAGCUGAAUGAGAUUCAUGUUGCUGGGAAGAAAUUGCCUUUAAACCCAACGGUUUUUGAUGGAAAGCAUGGAACAGUCCUAGAUAGUGGCACCACGUAUGCUUACCUGCCAGAAACUGCGUUUUUAGCUUUUAGGGAUGCUGUCAUGAAAGAACUCAAGUCCUUGAAACGGAUCCAUGGUCCUGAUCCAAAUUAUAAUGAUAUUUGCUUCUCUGGUGCUGGAAGUGAGGUUUCUCAACUCUUGAAAGCCUUUCCGGCUGUUGAUAUGAUAUUUGACAAUGGACAGAAGCUGUCUCUAUCUCCUGAAAAUUACUUGUUCCGGCAUUCAAAGGUGCAUGGGGCGUAUUGCCUGGGGAUUUUUCAGAAUGGGAAGGAUCCAACCACUCUUUUAGGAGGAAUCAUUGUCCGCAAUACCCUUGUGUCCUAUGAUCGUGAACAUGAAAAAGUUGGAUUUUGGAAGACUAAUUGUUCUGACUUAUGGGAAAAACUUAACAUUUCUGGUGCACCUCCACCAGCGCCUUCAGCUUCAAAUGAGACAAACUCAACUGCAGAUAUGCAUCCUACAUUGGCUCCUAGCGAGCCUUCACAGUAUGUUCAUCCAGGGGAAACAAAAGUUGGACUCAUAACAUUUUCUAUGUCGUUGAAUGUCAAGUACUUAGACCUGAAGCCUCACAUCACAGAGCUUGCUCAGUUCAUUGCCCAGGAGCUAGAUGUUGAUGCUACACAGGUCCACGUAUUGAAUUUUACAUCUAAAGGAAAUGGUUCCCUCAUAAGAUGGGCCAUUUUCCCAGCUGGAUCUGAUGAUUACAUAUCUAAUGCCACUGCAAAGGGUAUUAUUGAACAGAUAGAAGAAAGUCGUGUGCAUCUUCCUGAUACCUUUGGAAGUUAUCGGUUGUUUGAAUUGAAAAUUAAGCCCCCACCAAAACGGGUGUGGUGGCACAAACAUUACUUGAUUGUGGUUGUAGCAGUUAUUGUUACAUUAAUCAUUGGGUUAUCAGCUGCUGGUGCAUGGUUCAUUUGGAGACGCAGGGAGCAAUCACUUGUCUCAUACAAACCUGUUGAUUCUGUUGUCCCUGAGCAAGAACUCCAGCCGCUAUAGACUCGGUGAAGUUGUCUUGGCCCUGAUGAUUUAUGCCAAAAAUAUGGCAUGGCAUUUUGACUGGUGAUGAAAUCUGCAACCACAGCCAUGGGAUCGAUUUGAAUUUUGGCAAGCAAAAAAAUGAUUAUACGUGACAAAAGACCCUUAGUGUUAGGUGAUUUUUAAGAACGCGCAAUAGUUAUGUAAAAGGUAAUUGGUCCCUGUCUUCAGUAGCUCGCAUAUAUAUAUAUAUCAAUCUGUAUGUGAAUAACUGAAUGUAGUAGGAUAUCAUUGGAUCAAAAGCUUGACCAAUAAGUCGGUUCCGUGAUUUGUUUUUAUUUUUUCUACUCUUUUCCAAGAAUCAAAUGAGUGCAGGUGUAGCAUAUGAUCAUAAUGAAUCU